GAAAGACCAUGACGACAAUUUAAUAUAUGUAGUCGUUCUAGGACGUGACCGCCGGGUAGAUGGAAAUGAAGCCUGGCAACAUAUCCAUAUGGCAGCCUACAUAAACCACUCGGAGGCUCACCUGAGUGGGACCCUCAGGGUGCCAUUACCAUCAGCCAGGUCGACGAUAUGCGCUGUUCGUCCUCAUCAAUUCCAAUUCUACUAAUCACCUUGGCCUUUGCCAUUUGCGGUGUAGAUUGCUCGGGGUGGAAGAGCAAAAACUUCACGACCCUAGUCACAUUCGGCGACAGCUAUUCUGAUGAAAGUCGACUGGGAUACUUCAUCAACAAUAAUGGCUCAGCGCCUCCUGUCGGUUGGGAACAGCCAGUUGGACUAAACACAGCAUCGGGGGGACUGUCUUGGGCACGACUUGCUAGCAUAUAUUCUUCAACCAAGCUUUACAACUAUGCCGUUUCUGGUGCCGUCUGCUCCAACAAGAUCAGCCCUCGAACAUUCGCCGCCAUCAAAGCCCCCUUCCCGGACGUUGCCGGCUACGAGAUACCAGCCUUUAAAGCGGACUCACGAUAUAUUUCCCGAAAUGGAACUGCUUUCUUUUCUGGCACGCCAGAGAAUACCGUCUAUGCUAUCUGGAUCGGGACCAACGACCUAGGCAACGAUGCAUUCUUGACGGAUUCCCAGAUCCGGGGUAAGACGCUCAAAGAUUAUGUGGAUUGCGUCUAUUCUGCUAUUGAUAGCCUCUACGAGAACGGAGGGCGCUACUUCGUCCUAUUGAAUGUAGCACCACUCCAAUUGCUCCCACAAUACGCGACACCGGAGAAUGGAGGCCUCAAUGCUACCAAAUUCUACCCAGACAAGGGCUCCAACAUCACCGAGAUCAGCUACCGCAUGUACGAAAGCGUCACUACAGUCAACGAGGUAUUCAAGUACAGGACUCCAUUUGAGACAGAGCUAGAGAAGCGCUGGAAAGACGCUCAGAUUGCCAAUUACGAUGUCAACGCCCUCAUCACGGACAUUUGGAACGAUCCGAAGUCUUACUUGAAUGGAACUGCAUCUCUGAAUGUCACGGCGCCUAUCUUGUCUUGUGACGCGACAGGCGAUAUCUGCACAAAUGUGGAGGACAAAUCAGCAAGAGACAGCUAUCUCUGGUUUGAUGAGUUGCACCCCAGCGAGCAGGCUUCCAGGAUAGUAGCUCGCGAAUUCGUGGGUGUAUUGAGUGGUCAGAGCAAGUGGGCAAAAUACUGGGGAUAAUUCAAGUCGCUAGAGAAAACGUACGGCGAAUCGUCCACUUAUGACCUUGAUGUAGAUUUACAUAAACCGAUUGUACCUAGGAAUUCUCGAUGUACAAAAUUUGCCGUAAGCUACGAAUAUGUCGAGUGUGAAUGCAUGACUUCUGUACUUGACUAGACUGCACCUUGCCCGGCUAGAAGGUUGCAGUCUAUUUAAGCUACACAAUAUAAAAUGGUCAUCUGUUAUGGGGUUGGUUGAAAUGGGCAGUCGCGUUUGGCGGCGCCUAUCAAGGCCAAUAGGGUGUUGUCAAUUCUGACGUCGCUGCCUAGGCGGCGGCACUUUAUUUGAACGUCCAGGCUUACAGUGGCUGCUUUGUGGGAUAGAGAGACUAUGUUGAGUUCUGUGAAAUGUAC